GUUUUAUUUAAUUGGGUUUUUCUGCUCUCUACACUCCGUUUCCAAUGUUUGAUUUUCCAAGUUUCAAUUGUUUCUUAAUUGGUAACUGAUUCAGACGGCAAAACCCUAGUAUAAAUUCCCUUUUCCCAGAACAGUCUCUCCAUCAAACGAAUAAUUUCACGGCCAGAACCCCCGCGUGAAAACCAAAAUUUUCCUACACAGAUACCCCGAGACACCAUUCUCACCAACCCAGAGAGCCACUAGCCUGAAACCACCACAGAAGACACCGCCGCCCACAGUCUACCACCGCAGGGAACGUCGGAACACCUCUCGGCAGCCACAGAACUCGCUGACCAGGCACCCCCAUCAACACCACGUUCAGAGGGAGCCUCCAGUUGCGCCACCGUGACUCUUGGCCAGCCACCCAGACCCACCGUCGCAGUUGGUUCUCCUUUUCUCUCAGAGAUGUCGGAGGAGUUAGAUUUGAAAAUGAAGAAGUACCUUAGAGGCGGUGCUGCUAACUUGGAGGUUCUACAAGAUAAAAAACUCAAAGGUCAACUUGCGCAUAGAGAAAACUUGUAUGGAAAAUCUGCUAAGGCUGCUGCUAAGUUUGAGAAGUGGCUUAUGCCAAGCGAGGGGGGCUAUCUGGAGGCUGAAGGUCCAGUAGAGAAGACCUGGAGGUUCAAACAAGAAGACAUUGGGCAAGCAGUAGAUAUCUCGAGCGCAAGGAAUCAAUAUGAUGUUGUUUUACCAGAACUGGGUCCAUACACGAUGGAUUUUUCCUCAAGUGGUCAAUAUAUGGCUGUUGCUGGACGAAAGGGCCACCUGGCAAUUGUUGACAUGAAGAAUUUUGAAGUACGCAAAGAGUUUCAGGUUAGGGAAACAGUGCGAGAUGUGGUAUUCCUGGACCAUCAGCUGCUCUUUGCUGCUGCUCAGAAAAAGUACACAUAUAUUUAUAGUCCGGAGGGCAUAGAAAUUCACUGCCUAAAGGAUCAUGGUACGGUGUUGAGGCUUCAGUAUUUGAAAACCCACUUCAUCCUUGCAUCCGUAAAUAAAUUCGGGCAUCUCCAUUAUCAAGAUGUAUCAACGGGUGCUUCCAAAAGUUAUCGGACUGGUUUAGGCCGCACUGAUGUAAUGCGGGUGAAUACUGUCAACGGGGUUGUUGCUUUGGGUCACUCAGGUGGAACUGUUACCAUGUGGAACCCUAACAGCUCUGCUCCCCUUGUCAAGAUGCUUUGUCAUCAUGGUCCUGUUUCAGCCCUGGCAUUCCACCCUAAUGGCCAUCUCAUGGCUACGGCUGGGAAGGAAAAAAGAAUUAAGCUUUGGGACUUGAGGAAAUAUGAAGCUCUCCAGACUUUACCGGGCCAUGCAAAUACCUUGGAUUUCAGCCAGAAAGGUUUGCUUGCACGUGGUACUUGUUCCUUUGCAGAGAUUCUCUCUGGAGCUGAGCAUUACAGCAGAUAUAUGAAUCAUUCAAUGGUAAAAGGAUACCAGAUAAAAAACUUGUUGUUUCGGCCAUACGAAGAUGUUCUAGGCAUUGGGCACUCUAUGGGUUGGUCCAGUAUUCUGGUUCCAGGAUCUGGUGAACCCAACUUUGAUUCUUGGGUGGCAAACCCGUUUGAAACACGCAAACAGCGGAGAGAGAAGGAAGUGCACCUCCUUCUCGACAAGCUUCCACCUGAGACAAUUAUGCUGGACCCUUCAAAGAUCGGUACAGUGAAGCCAGCGAGGAAUAAAGAGAAGCCAACAAAGAAGGAAAGAGAAGCCGAGAUGGAAGCUGCCAUAGAAGAUGUUAAGGGCAGCAUUACUCUGAAGAAUAAAACGAAGGGGAGGAAUAAGCCGAGCAAGAGGGCGAAAAAGAAACAGGAGAUUAUUACUAAAGUUAAAAGGCCUUUCUUGGAGCAAGAGAUGCGGGAACCCCAACUGUCUAGAAAGAAGCAAAAAGUCUGUGUGGAAGAUGAGCUUCCCAAAUCUCUGCAGCGGUUUACUCGUAAGAAAGCAGCAACUUGAUUUUUCUAGACUUAGCGACACUUAGUUUUCUCCCUCAAAUGUGUUUAACCCUAUUGCUAAAAAUUUUGUUUUUUGUAUAAUCAUUAUUUAUAUCUUUAAGCUCUUUUUGCCUUCUUACAAGUCAAGUGAAUUUAGGCCACUUCUGGUUAAA